AAUCACACAUCAGUGAGAAGAUUAUGCAAAAUUAAUUUUUACAAGAAUGCAGGAUCUUUAUAAUAUCUGCCAAGAAUGCAAGACCCUCUUUUUUUUUGGCAACAUGACUAAUUCUGUGUACAAUUAAGACUCAUGGUUUAUUUUUUGUUUUUGACCACAAAUGGAAACACAAGUGCGGUACGAUUUAGCCUGACGAAUGAGUAUGAUCAUGUAGGUGUGAUUCUACAAUGCAUGAGUUGUGUAGGCACGCUUCAAGUGGAAUGGAUACUUAUAAGAAAACUCCAAACUUCAGUGUAGAUCACUAUUGUGUCUUACUGGCUAGCUUCACAUGAGUUCAACAAAAAUGACGGAAAACAUGUUUGCAGUACUCUAUGUUUUCAUCCUUUGUAUUCAGGUUGCAUUUUCUCUCACAAAUUGCGGCAAGACGUCCAUGUUUCUAAAGAUCUACAUGUCUCACCCUGAAGACUGCUCUUUGUAUUAUGUUUGUUUCCAUGGACGUCGGUUCCUGAAGAAAUGUGACGAUGACGAGGUAUUUGACAGAAAUUCGAAAUCCUGUGUACCUAAAGGAUCAAAGACCGAUUCCUGUUCUUCAAUGCUAGGUAAGCAUUCUAUGAUAUGUUCAUCACCUGGAGAUUUACUUCCGCAUGCCCAGAGUUGUGCCAAGUACUUCGAUUGUUCCAGCAAGUCCAAUGGAGGCAUUCCUAGAACUCGGGAAUGUCCUUAUCCACAUUUAUUUGACCGCGCCACAAAGUCCUGUCGAUAUUUUACGGAGGUUGAUUGCAAAGACAGACCGGAACCUAAACAUCCAUGUGACUACGAUGUGAAGCCGUGCCUUGGUAGCCACUGUCCCCCGUGUAGGUCCCAGUACCCCAGCUGUGUCGGCCGCCCGGACGGUCUGAGUCCCUGGAAAGGGAGGGAACUCACCCAGCACUACGUCAUCUGUUCCUUAGAGAGGGCAAUCUUCCGCGGAGUGUGCACAAAUUCUCGAAUAUUCCAUCCUACAAAACUGAAAUGUGUUAAUUUAGACCAAGUUAAACCAACGUUAGACCAAAAAAUCAAAAAGGGUUUAAUAUUGAGAUAA